AUGGAUAGUACGGCUUCGGAGUCGACACCCGUACCUCAAGUAAUAUUUCGUGGGAAAAAAAGGAAGACUUACAGACAACGAGCAGAACCCACCGACGAUGACAACGACGAACGAUCCAGAUCCGUAGAGACACCACGACUAGAAGGAACACCGAUCGCAUCAGACACUCCCGGAAAAUCUGAAGUCGCCACCCCGAUUCAAUGCGAGGGCGCAGAGGAUGAAGAAAAAGGUCUCUCAGUAGCCGAAGUUCUACGUCUACGCAAUGCGCGAAAGGCUCGAUUAGGCGGCGUCAAGUUCGGCGCAGGAAGCAGCUACAACUCCAACGAUGCAGCAGCUGCCGCCAAUGGCUUAGGAGACGGUCUCGAUGACCUUAGUCUAAUGAUCCGCGAGGAAGAGAACAAGGUGUUAGACAUCGCAGCAGGCGUAAAAAAGCGUUUUGCGCCGCAGACCGGUAUGGCGGCAGAACUAGUGAACAAGCACAUGGAGGAGUAUAUAGAAUCCGAAUUAGCCAGGCGACACAACGCUGUGGCACUGUCUUCCCACUCAGCCGCGCGCUCGUCUAAUCGGGGGCAACAGCAGCAGCAGCAGCAGCAGCAGCAGCAACAACCGGCGACAGCGGCGGUGACGACGGUGCCCAGACCCGAGCAGCAGAAUAGAGCGCUACAAGGCCAGCUUAUGGAGAUCGACCUUGGCGACGAGGCCCGCAGCCGCAAUGAGGCGCUGACGGAGCGCGCUCGGCGGAAGUUACACGGCGAAGCUAUUGAAGAUGACGACGAGCAGCAGCAGCAGCAGAGCGGUCGGCCGAAGAAGGUCCGGCUCGGACGGGAUGGCAAACCCUGGAGGUCGAGGAAUAGGCGGAAUAGCGACGAUAUCAAGAGGGACCAAUUGGUCGAGGAGAUUCUCCGGGAAAGCAGACUCGACGUAUACGAAGCGCCCACCCCGCCCCCCGCCGCAUCCGGCAGCGGCGCUGAAGACGACGGCGCAGCCGACGACCGGAUCGCCGAGGAGUUCCGGCGCGAAUUCAUGGAUGCCAUGGCCCAGCGCCAGCAGAAGCGCAAGAAGCCGACGAACGCGCCGCCCGGUUCCGGGCCCGGGGGCGCCGGCAAGGGCGGCGCUGCCGCCGACGAAGACGUUCUUAAGGGCCCCAAGCUCGGCGGGAGUCGCAACGUGCGCGCCGCCAUGCGCAAUCUACUACUGGAGAAGGCGAAGGAAGCGAAGGGGAAGACUCGGUGA